GCUGAACUUUUUUUUAGUCUUUGUGCGUUUGCAGGAUCUGGAUCAUUUUGCGGUUUUUUUUAAGUCAAGAGAACCAAUGGAUCUUUUCAAAUUACUUGGAGGAGGUGCUCAGUUUGACAAGAAGCGAUUCAGUCACGACGUUCAACUAUUUGAGGUAAAUUGUCUAUAUUUCAUGGUUUCUCGAGGUUAUUUUAAUUUGUUGAAAUCGUACUUUCCUUUCCAGGGUCCAGCAAAGAAUGGGUCGACAAAAAAUUCUGCUGCAACAGACGCUGACAAACGAUCGCAACUGUUAAGCGAAAUUGACAUUUUGAAUGAUUCUCCACAAAAGAAGCAGCAACCAAAACAACAAACCUCGAACAAUAAAGUACAGAAUGACCAAGACGAAAGUGGCACGAUCGCUCAAGGAGAGUCUGUUACCAUUGAAACGCCCGAACAGGCCAACGUCUUUCGUAAAUCAAAACGUAUUCGAGUGUAUGGCACGGAUAUCCCUAAUCCAUUCAGCACCUUUGAGGAUUUGACGACGUAUCACGACCUAAAGCCGUUGCUGUACAAAAACAUCAAGCAAAGCAAAUAUACAUCUCCAACGCCUAUCCAGAUGCAAUCGAUACCCAUUAUUCUUCAUGGCCGCGACUUGAUGGCUUGUGCACCUACCGGUUCCGGUAAAACGCUCGCGUACUUGUUGCCCAUUUUACAGGACUUGGAUAAGCCAUCCAAAGUCGGUUAUCGAGCAUUGAUUAUUGCACCUACCCGAGAAUUGGCACAGCAGAUUGAUCGUGAACUCUCGAUAAUUGGAGCUAGCACAAACUUAAAAGUCAAUGUACUUACCAAAGCAACAGCAGCUCACAAGGCACAGAAUCCUCAACAACGACAAAAGUUUGAUGUCUUGAUCAGCACACCAUUGAGAUUAGUUCACGCAGUACGAGAAAAGGAAAUUGAUUUGAGAAAUGUUCGUCAUCUCGUGUUGGAUGAAGCUGAUAAGUUGCUAGAGCUUGGAUUUUUGGAACAAACCGACGAGAUUUUUGCUGCUUGCUCGAGCACUACCAUCCGCAAGUCCUUGUUCAGUGCGACAUUUUCAUCUACUGUUGAAGAACUCGCUCAGUCGGUGAUGAAGAACCCUAUCCGAGUUGUUGUUGGUGCACGAAACGCCGCUACGGAUACGAUUAAGCAGGAACUGAUCUUCACUGGCAACGAAGCAGGAAAAAUGGUGGCCUUGCGACAAUAUAUCCAAAAGGGUAUUCGUCCUCCUGUGCUUAUCUUUGUCCAAUCCAUUGAUCGUGCAAAAGAAUUGUUCCGCGAGUUGGUAUUUGAUGGUAUCAAUGUUGAAGUGAUUCAUUCUGAUAGGACAAAGGCACAGCGUGACAGCAUUAUCAAUCAAUUCCGCCUUGGCAGAAUCUGGGUGUUGAUCGCCACUGAAUUGAUGGCUCGUGGUUUAGAUUUCAAGGGCGUCAAUUUGGUUAUCAACUACGAUUUCCCUCAAAGCGUCGCAAGUUAUAUUCACAGAAUUGGUCGUACCGGUCGUGCGGGUCGUGCUGGUGAGGCCGUCACUUAUUACACAAAAGACGAUUUACAGUAUCUCAAGAGUGUUGUGAACGUUAUGCGGGAAUCGGGCUGUGAUGUGCCUGAAUGGAUGCUCAACCUUAAAAAGCCAAAUCAUAAUCAAAGAAAAGACAUCCGAAAAGGUAUUGAACGUGAAACGAUCGACAGUACACCCAAGCGUGAUAGGAAUGCAGCAGCAAAGAAAAAGGAAAUGAUUGAAGCAUCGAAAAAGAGAAAGAAGCAGCAGAAGCAGCAGGAGAAGAACAAGAAGAACAAGACCAAGCAGUCAUCAUCAUCGGAAACAACCCCAUCAUCACCAGCAUCCUAAUUAUAAAAUCAUUAUAACAGUAAUAGAUAAAAAAAGGCAUCUUGUAUACUACUACUACUACCACUACUACUAAUACUUUAAAAAAAACCAAAACAAAUUAACGGGCAAUGUGCUCGCGUGUGUAUAAUGUGUG